UGUACUGCUCUGAUACAAGAUUUGGCCAGUGAACGAACACGUGUUGGAACUUGGAGUGGAUUGGAUAGUCAAUUCUAAUUAAGUCACCUUUUUUAAAAGUAUUAUUCAAGAUUUGAAGGAAUAAUUUAAAUGUGUAUAUAUAUAUCGACAAUUUGAAAUCAAUCAAGUCCAAAUAUUUACCAUUUGACCGCCUUACACUAUUUCGUUUUGUGCCACAAUGAAGUACAUCCUGGUCACUGGUGGUGUCAUCUCAGGCAUCGGGAAGGGCAUCAUAGCCUCCAGUGUGGGAACUAUCCUCAAGUCAUGUGGUCUGCGUGUCACUGCCAUCAAGAUUGACCCCUACAUCAACAUAGAUGCAGGGACCUUCUCUCCGUACGAGCAUGGUGAGGUGUUUGUGCUGGACGAUGGGGGUGAGGUGGAUCUGGACCUGGGGAACUAUGAGAGGUUCCUGGACAUCAGACUGACCAAAGACAACAACCUGACCACCGGCAAAAUCUACCAGUCUGUCAUCAACAAGGAGAGGAAAGGAGACUACCUGGGAAAGACCGUACAGGUGGUGCCCCACAUCACUGAUGCGAUCCAAGAGUGGGUGAUGCGUCAGGCCAGAGUACCUGUUGACGAUGACGGUGUGGAGCCUCAGAUCUGUGUCAUCGAGCUAGGAGGCACUGUGGGAGACAUCGAGAGCAUGCCUUUCAUCGAAGCCUUCAGGCAGUUCCAGUUCAAGGUGAAGAGGGAGAACUUCUGUAACAUCCACGUCAGCCUGGUCCCACAGCCCAGUGCCACAGGAGAGCAGAAGACCAAACCCACUCAGAACAGUGUCAGAGAGCUCAGAGGACUCGGCCUGUCUCCUGAUCUGAUCAUGUGUCGCUGCUCCACUUCCCUGGAGAACUCUGUUAAAGAGAAGAUCUCCAUGUUCUGUCAUGUAGAACCUGAACAGGUGAUCUGCGUGGCAGACGUUUCGUCCAUCUACAGAGUGCCUCUGCUACUGGAGAACCAGGGGGUGGUGGGCUACUUCUGUCAGAGAUUAGACCUUCCUAUAGAGACACGCCCCAGGAAGAUGCUCACUAAGUGGAAGGAGAUGUCUGACAGGUCAGACAGGCUCCUAGAGCAGUGUUCUAUAGCCCUGGUGGGGAAAUACACCAAGUUCACAGACUCCUACGCGUCAGUCAUCAAAGCGCUAGAACACUCGGCCUUAGCCAUCUGCCACAAACUGGAUAUCAAGUAUAUUGACUCAGCAGACCUGGAGCCAAACACACUGAAGGAGGAGCCUGUGAAGUACCAUGAGGCGUGGCAAAAACUCUGCAGUGCUGAUGGCAUCCUGGUACCUGGAGGGUUUGGAGUCAGAGGGACAGAGGGGAAGAUCCACGCCAUCAACUGGGCACGCAAACAGAAGAAACCCUUCCUAGGUGUGUGUCUAGGGAUGCAGCUGGCUGUGUGUGAAUUUGCCAGGAAUGUGCUAGAAUGGGAAGAUGCCAACUCUACAGAGUUUCAUCCCGAAUCAAAGCAUCCUGUUGUGAUUGACAUGCCAGAACACAAUCCUGGGCAGAUGGGUGGGACCAUGAGGCUGGGAAAGAGACGGACCAUUUUCAAGACCACCAACAGUAUACUAAGAAGACUUUACGGAGAUGCUGAGUACGUGGAUGAGAGACACCGACAUCGCUUUGAGGUGAACCCAGAGCUGAAGGAUCACUUUGAGGAGAAAGGCUUUCACUUCGUGGGUCAAGACGUAGAAGGCGAGCGAAUGGAAGUCAUUGAGUUAGACGAUCAUCCGUAUUUCAUAGGAGUGCAGUAUCAUCCCGAGUUCACCUCUCGCCCCAUCAAACCUUCGCCUCCCUACUUUGGCCUCCUGCUGGCAUCAGCCGGGAAACUACAGAGCUACCUACAGAAGGGCUGCUGUCUGUCUCCACGGGACACAUACAGUGAUCAGAGCGGCAGCAGCACCCCAGACUCAGAAAUAGUUGAGUCCUCAAUCUCACAGGAAUGUGUGACUGAGGGAAAGGAAAUCCCUUUAAACGGAGGAUCAAGACAAGGGCUAAAUUAGCUUGUAAGAACUUUUUUCCUGACCUGAAUGGAUUGUUUGGCAUGUCUAUAUGCGCCCGACAACAGGAUGUCAAACAUGCAGUACCGAAGAUGUGACUGUUUCUUUCCCCAGGAUAACUCCCUUGAGAUGAAACCAAUGGAUGGGGAUUGUCUUGUUUCAUCGAAACACUGAAUGUCCUAAGGAGCCCCCCCCCCAAUAUUUGACAAGAAAUUACAUCUGUACAUUGCAGGGUUAACUCAUCUUUAUUGCAGUAAAAGGGCUUUACAAGUGGAGCCCCCCCCCCCCCAAUCACUCAACCUGGCUCGUGAUGAGCUUAUAGCACCAAGGCACAAAUAAUAUUGUUUUAGUUAGCUUCACUCAUUGGAAGGACGUGGGCCUUCUCCAUUUUUCAAGCAGCAGCUCGUUAGUGGAAUUCCCACGUCAAUGUGAUUGGAUGUUAUGAUGUAUGACAGGCCUCAAUCAUUUUUCACAAGACCUGAGAAUAAAGUAAUGUUUUAGUGGC